UUUUGACUAUGGUUUCCUGUAGAGGUUCCGCCGAUACGAAGGCGAUUAUCUCUUUUCUUACGGAAAGAUUUAGGGCUUCGAAUUGGGUGUCGCACUUGUCUGUCGCUAGUCUACUUGGAGUAGCUGGUUUCGUUUUUGCCCUGAAAAACGGUAGUUUCCGCAACCUCAAUCUCCUCGACGCCGGUGCUGAUGCUUUUCUCGUACCUGGCUUGCAAAAUCUCGGGAAUAAUUGUUUCCUCAACGUGAUCCUUCAGGCUCUCGCGAGCUGCAAAGAUUUUCGGAAUUUUCUUCAAUGGGUUAUAGAGGAUACGAGAGAAACGGUAGCGGGAGAACUGGAUGAACAUCUUCCCCUUACUUUUGCUUUGUCUACUUUAUUACAAGAGCUCUGCACUGUUGGAAGAAGACCAUCUGUAUCUAGCCCUCGUAAAGUUAUGUUGACAUUGACCCAAUAUGUCAGAAACUUCAAUUUGACAAGCCAACAGGAUGCAGCAGAAGCCCUGCUUCAUCUAAUUACUUCUUUGCAAGAAGAGAUUGUAGUCUGUUAUCGCCCCACCAAAAGUAGUAAUCUAUCGGAGAUAAUGUUUUCUCGUAACUUGAGAAUGGUUGCGCCUAGUGAAGGCCUCCAUGGUUUGAUGGAGCUCAAGACAUGGCAUAAACAUUUACGUGGACCAUUCAAUGGGAUUCUUGGCAGUACGUUGAUGUGUCGAAUUUGUUCGUCUCAGAUUUCGUUGGAGUUUCAGUUCUUUCAUACUUUGCCUCUUUCUCCUUUACUCCAUAGUGGUAGUUCCAACAUUAUGUUGGGGUGCACUUUGGAGAAUUGUUUGAAGAAGUUUCUUGAAGCCGAGAAAGUCGAAAACUACUUCUGCCAAAGAUGCUGGCAUGGUGCUGCACUGAAGUAUUUAUCUGUGAUAAGAGCAGCUCAGACAGAUAUCGAAAAGGUCAGGAGCUGUGGCAGAGACGACGAAUGCGACUGUAAAGCAUCUCUUCAUCUUGAAAGAAUGCCAUGGUCAAAUAGCUACUCCCAUAUAUUGAAGCAAUUAAUCAUCGCACGAUUCCCAAAGCUUCUAUGCAUUCAAGUGCAACGUGCUUCUUUAAACAUGUUUGGAGAAUCGGUCAAACUAUCGGGACAUGUCGCAUUCCCGCUUGUCCUGGACCUCUCGUUAUUCACACCGUCGUCAAUAGGAUUUAACAUAGAAAACACUCAGAUGACGUCACAGUACCAACAAUCAGAAGCAUCAAGAGACCACGGCAUGUAUAGACUUGUUACGGUGGUGGAACAUUUUGGUAGAACCGGAAGCGGACAUUAUACUGUUUAUAGAAGUGUGAGAGUUGCAUCACAAGAGGAAGAGGAAGAAAAUUGUGAUGAUGACCGUUGUGAGGAUUUGAACUGGUUUAGUAUAUCUGAUUCACAAGUGUGUGGAGUUUCAGAGAGUGAUGUUCUUGGUGCUGAAGCUAGCUUGCUCUUCUAUGAGAAGCUUUAUUAAAGAAAAAUAAAUAAAACCACAGUUUGAAUAUUCAUUGGUUUAUUAUUGAUUCUUGUGUGAACUUGACUGAGUAGAAGAUGACCGGGAGUGAAAGGUUUUAUGAAUCCUCUGU